CUCUUGGACAUGAGCUCCAACGAGUGGCCCGUUCGGCGCCGUGGAAACCUACUAACCAAUCAAUGCCAAGUUUUCUUUUAAGCUUCUUUUUCUGUCUUGUCUGGUGCGUUGGGACUCAUAACGCAAUGGUCGGUUGGAAUUGCCCGGCCAGUCGCCUUCAGUCAGGUUGGUUGGUUGGCUGUCAGAAUAGUUGGCUGGAGAUGGGGUUGCAUGUGGUUGGCCAGUUGGCAUUUUCCGCCGCAGCUCGGGGGUAUUCUCUCGCUAAAAAUAAAUCACACUUGAAAUAGGCCGCUGUGUCAACUGGUUAUUCUAUGGAUGCAUGGUGACCGGCUUAGCC